AUGCCGACUGAAGCUCAAGACGAAUUCGACAGACUUGUCGCCAGCAACACUCAUCGCGAGACCCUUCACCCCGAGGAUCGUGACGACGCCGACUCGCAGCACGGAUCCGACCUCUCUGAAGAGGAACAAUACCGCAACCAGAAAAUCGAAGAAGCCAUGCGGAUGCCCACUGCCGCCAGCGAGCUCAAGCUCCCUCCGGCGUCGUUUGACAGCGGCCGCUCCACCGGUGUCAAGGGCGUCAUUGCCGAUGCCCGAAGCUAUGAAUCCGCCCGCAGGACGAAAUGGAGAAGCCGCGCCAUGUCCGUUCGCAAGAGCGUCUUUGGCGCCCCGCGCUCGAAUGCCGAUAAGAGCGAGAGCGAGAGCGAAGAAGCCAUCUUCAGUGGCGGCGACGACGACGAAGAGGAGUUCCUGAGCCAGUGGAGAGAGGCCCGGAGACAGGAGCUCGAGAAGGAGGCCGGCCAAUCCAUUCGCACCAGAAGGACAAGCCCUAGCACGCGGAUAUAUGGCCGCCUGGACGAGGUGGAUGCCCUGGGCUACCUGGACGCCAUUGAGAAGGUGAACAGAGAAACUACCGUUGCCGUCUUUGUCUACGACCACGAGAGCGAGGUCUCCUCGGCAAUCGAGUCAGUGCUGCUGCCCCUGGUCAAGACGAACCCGUCGGUUCACUUCGUCAAGGUCCACUACGAGGACAUUGAGUUCGACAAUGCUGCCGUGCCUGCCAUUCUAGCCUACCGAAACCAGGGAGAUCUGUUCGCCAACCUCACCGGCAUUAUCGAGAUGAUGCCGGAUGAUGAGCACUUUGGCGCCGAGUCGCUGGAAAAGGUCCUCAAGAAGCACGGCGUGCUGUGA